AUGAAUUGGUCCAAUCAUUACAUCAUAGCAACCAUUUUUUGGUUUAUUGCCACAGUGGUCGCUGCCAAAGGGAAGAUUCACCGCGGCUCUACGUGUCUAAUGUACCUGACUGGACAACAUGAUAUCAUCCCUGAGGACAAAGAGCUCAUAAACCCCAUCACCCAUGUUGUUCUGGCCUUCGUACGGUCUGAAGUGCUCCUCGAGGACGACAGGACAGAGUGGCCACUCUUCAGAAGCGUCGAGUCUGCGCGCGAGAGCUUUGCUGAGGGCACGCAGGUCCUGAUUGCGGUCGGUGGAUGGGGCGACGGCGGCUUCUCGACUGCUGCGAAGAACGCUUCGACUCGCAAGGCCUUUGCGCAGAACGCUGCGAGGUUGGUGAAGACGACGGGUGCAGAUGGAAUCGACAUCGACUGGGAGUACCCUGGCGGCAACGGGGAGGACUACAAACAAGUGCCCAACUCGGAGAAGGAGUGGGAGAUUGAAGCUUAUCCCCUCCUGCUGGGCGAGAUCCGCGCGGCCCUGGGGCCCGACAAGCUGAUGACGGCUGCCGUCCCUGGCCACGAGAGGGACAUGCUCGCCUUUACAGAGCUCACCGUCCCGCGCAUCAUGCAACACCUCGAUUUCCUCAACGUGAUGACAUACGACCUGAUGAACCGCCGCGACCACGUCACCAAGCACCACGCCAGCACGAAAGCCAGCCGCGAGGGCCUGCAGGCGUACAUCUCGCGCGGGGCCCCACCUGCGAAGCUGAACCUCGGCCUGCCCUUCUACGUCAAGUGGUACAAGACAGACCCUGAGGACUGCUCCAAGGCUGAGACACCCAUUGGCUGCAAGACCCUACUGCUCGAGGACCCAGAGACGGGGGCAGAUCUUGGGCGGGCCGGUGCCUUCUCGUGGCACGAUACCACGCCCGGCGACCUCGAGGCUUCAUUUCAAAGGGCGCUGGCGGACACGCAGUACGACGCCGCCGAGGGCGCUUCAUACUAUUGGGACUCUCAGGACAAUCUUUGGUGGUCUUUUGACAAGGGAUCAAACGGUGAUAUCGAGAAGAAGGUGGCGACGAUCCUGGGCGAGAUGGAUCUGGCUGGUGUCUUUGCUUGGGGCCUGGGAGAGGAUGGCACGUCCUACGAACGCCUAGCACGCCUCUUGAAAGCCAUCAACGAGAACGAGAAGCAUAUGAGAGACGAACUGUGA